UAGCAGUAGCAGGCUGGGACACGAGAAGAGUCGCUGCUCUGCUGCCGUUCCUCCCUCACACUGAGAGGAAAGUUUUCCUGCGGUGUUCAUUCACCUCUGUGUUGUGUCUGCUGGGAGCAGGAUGAGGGACUCAGUGGAUUGGCUCGCCAGCGUGCGUUUGGAUGGAAUGCAGCUCUAGAGAGCCGUGAGGCUCCUUAUCUGUGUCUCUGUUUUACUCUGAAACAUCUAACAGCCUGACACUUUCCCAAGGGCCUCUCUGCACACAGCGGCUGACUGGGGUGUUUUCUAUUGUUCACCAUGACUCCUAUAUCCAGCUUCUCUGGAGAGUAGACCUGGGCUUCUGGCUCAGGACGAGAGGUGUGUGUUUUGGGAAAGAGGAGUGUGUUUUUGGGGUACCCUUUUUAACAUCCCACAACCCUUAGUGGCGUCAUGCUGAGCCUGCAGGAUUCACUCUUCUUUGAGAUCAGCAUCAAGUCUCUGCUCAAGUCGUGGAGCGGCAGCUGGAAACCAUCAGCACAGAUCAAAUGAAGGCUUAACGAAUGGACACCAUGGGUAUAUUCACUAUUUAAACGUGCAUGUACCAACCAUCCACAAGCUCCCACAUGCACACACUCCUCUCUCUUGAGCCUCAGCCCCUGUCAACAGCCUGAGUAGACGCCGCGCCCCCUCCGUGGCCCCCCUGACUUGGGAGAAGCGCAACGCCGCCGCCAUGUCGAGCAUCAUCAUCGACCCCGAGCUCAAGCCCGGGGAGUUUGUCAUCAAGAGCCUUUUUGCUGAGUUUGCUGUGCUGGCUGAGAAGAAGAUUGAGGUGGUGAUGGCCGAACCGCUGGAGAAACUCUUGUCCCGAUCCCUCCAGAGAGGGGAAGAUGCACAAUUUGAUCAGUUAAUAAGCUCUAUGAGCUCCGUAGCGGAACACUGUUUGCCCUCCCUGCUGCGUACACUCUUUGACUGGUACCGGCGGCAGAGUGGCACUGAGGAUGAGUCUUAUGAGUACAGACCUCGCUCCAGCACCAAGUCCAAAGGGGAUGAACAGCAUCGGGAUAAAGACUACCUAUUGGAGCGGAGGGACUUAGCCAUAGAUUUCAUAUUCUGUUUAGUUUCAGUAGAAGUUUUAAAACAGAUUCCUCUUCACCCCGUGCCAGAUACUUUAGUACAUGAAGUUCUGAACCUGGCAUUCAAGCACUUUAAACACAAAGAGGGGUGCUCUGGCCCCAACACUGGCAAUGUGCACAUCAUCGCAGACCUGUAUGCUGAGGUCAUCGGAGUACUCACACAGUCAAAGUUCCAGGCGGUGCGUAAGAAGUUCAUCACGGAGCUGAAGGAGCUGAGGCAGAAGGAGCAGAGCCCCUACGUGGUCCAGAGCAUCAUCAGCCUCAUCAUGGGCAUGAAGUUCUUCAGGGUCAAGAUGUACCCCGUGGAGGACUUCGAGGCCUCCUUCCAGUUCAUGCAGGAGUGUGCCCAGUAUUUCCUGGAGGUGAAGGAUAAGGACAUAAAGCAUGCAUUGGCUGGCCUGUUUGUUGAGAUCCUCAUCCCUGUUGCUGCUGCGGUCAAGAAUGAAGUCAAUGUGCCGUGCCUCAAGAACUUUGUGGAGAUGCUCUACCAGACAACCUUUGACCUUAGCUCCAGAAAGAAGCACUCUUUGGCUCUGUAUCCUCUGGUGACGUGCCUGCUGUGUGUCAGUCAGAAGCUGUUCUUCCUCAAUAACUGGCACAUCUUCCUCACAAACUGCCUCUCUCACCUGAAGAUGCCGUCUAACAACAGCAUCCGAAAGCAGAUUGAGACACUGCAGAACAAAGAUCCCAAAAUGUCCCGUGUGGCACUGGAGUCACUCUACAGACUGCUGUGGGUCUACAUCAUCAGGAUCAAGUGUGAGAGCAACACCGUCACACAGAGCCGGCUGCUUAGCAUCGUUUCAGCGCUUUUCCCCAAAGGCUCCCGUAGCGUGGUGCCCCGUGACACGCCCCUCAAUAUCUUCGUCAAGAUCAUCCAGUUUAUAGCUCAGGAAAGGCUGGAUUUUGCUAUGAAGGAGAUCAUUUAUGACCUCCUGUGUGUGGGCAAAUCUCACAAGACAUUCACCAUCAAUCCAGAAAGGAUGAAUAUUGGCCUGAGGGCCUUCCUGGUGAUAGCUGACAGUUUGCAGCAGAAAGACGGGGAGCCGCCCAUGCCCACCACAGGGGCCAUCAUGCCCUCAGGAAACACCCUGCGGAUCAAGAAGAUCUUCCUCGCCACCACCCUCACUGACGAGGAGGCCAAGGUCAUCGGCAUGUCACUGUACUACCCAGCAGUGAGGAAGGCCCUGGACAACAUGCUGCGUCACCUGGACAAGGAGGUGGGGCGCUCCAUGAGCAUGACCAACGUCCAGAUGUCCAAUAAGGAGCCUGAGGACAUGAUCACGGGGGAAAGGAAGCCGAAGAUUGAUCUAUUCCGUACGUGUGUGGCGGCCAUCCCCAGGCUGAUCCCAGAUGGCAUGAGCAGACAGGACCUGAUCGAGCUGCUGGCCAAGCUGACCAUCCACAUGGACGAGGAGCUGCGUGGCCUGGCCUUCACCACCCUGCAGGCCCUGAUGGUGGACUUCCCAGAGUGGAGGGAGGACGUGCUCUCUGGCUUUGUCUACUUCAUUGUGCGUGAGGUCACUGACAUUCACCCCACGCUGCUGGACAACGCCAUCAAGAUGCUGCUGCAGCUCAUCAGCCAGUGGAGGCAGGCAGUCCAGACCAGCAACAAGCAGGGCCCUGGCAGCGGGCCGUCUCUGCCCCUGGAACGCUCUCCUCUGUGGGGGGUGCUGCACGUGGUGGAGGGCCUGGCACUGGUGGUGCUGUGCAGCUGCCGCCCUGCCACCCGGAGGCUGGCUGUUAAUGUCCUCAAAGAGGUCCGAGCCCUGCACACCGCUCUGGGCAUCGCCAAGGGAGAUGAGGAGUUGGCCAUAGAUGUGAUGGACAGACAAAGUGCCUCUGUGCUGGAGAGCUUCAUCCAUCUCACAGGAGCUGACCAGACCAACCUGCUAUACUGCCCCAGUGGUAUCGACCUGCAGACGCUGGCAGACUGGAGCUCAUCUCCCAUCAGCCACCAAUUUGAUGUGGUCAGCCCAUCGCACAUCUGGGUGUUUGCCCACGUGACGCAGGGCCAGGACCCCUGGGUCAUCAGCCUGUCCAGCUACCUGCGCCAGGAGCACCUGCCCAAGCACUGCCCCACCGCACUCAACUACGCCUGGAUGUUCGCCUACACGCGCCUGCAGCUGCUCUCUCCACAAGUGGAUAUCAACAGCCCUAUAAAUGCUAAGAAGCUGAACAGCCUGAGCAGCAGUGGUGACUCGUACGUGGGCCUGUGGAGGAACUAUCUGAUCCUCUGUUGUAGCUCCGCCACUUCCUCCCCCAACUCCUCCUCUUCCUCCACCUCUGGCUCCAUCCGCUGCUCCCCGCCUGAGACGCUGGCGUCCACGCCAGACAGCGGCUACAGCUACGACUCAAAGAUUAUUGGCACUCCGUCCCCCUCGUCCCUGUUCAAACACGUUGUCCCGAUGAUGCGCUCUGAGAGCAUGGACAUCACAGAGUCUCUUGUCCUGGGGUUUGGCAGGACCAGCCCCGUGGCCUUCAGAGAGUUGAUAGAGGAACUGAACCCCAUCAUUAAGGAGGCUCUGGAGAGGAGACCUGAGAACAUGAAGCGACGCAGGCGUCGUGACAUCUUGAGGGUCCAGCUGGUCCGGAUCUUUGAGCUGCUGGCUGAUGCUGGUGUCAUCAGUCAGACGGCAAGUGGAGGUCUGGACGGGGAGAGUCACUCUCUGAACUCAGUACUGUUGGAGUAUGUGGAUCUGACGAGACAGCUGCUAGAGGCUGAGAACGACAAAGACUCAGACACACUGAAGGACAUCCGUUGCCACUUCAGUGCUCUGGUGGCCAACAUCAUUCAGAACGUCCCAGUGCACCAGAGGAGGACCAUCUUCCCCCAGCAGUCUCUAAGACACAGUCUGUUCAUGUUGUUCAGCCACUGGGCUGGGCCCUUCAGCAUCAUGUUCACCCCACUGGACCGGUACAGUGACCGCAACAUGCAGAUCAACCGACACCAGUACUGUGCUCUCAAGGCCAUGUCUGCAGUGUUGUGCUGUGGUCCAGUGGCUGAUAACGUUGGCCUCUCCUCUGACGGUUAUCUCUACAAGUGGCUGGACAACAUCCUGGACUCUCAGGACAGGAAAGUGCACCAGUUGGGCUGUGAAGCGGUGAUGCUGCUGUUGGAGCUGAACCCAGACCAGAGUAACCUGAUGUUCUGGGCUGUGGACCGCUGCUACACUGGCUCACGGCGCGUGGCUUCCGGCUGCUUCAGGGCCAUCGCCAACGUCUUUCACAACAGGGAUUACCAGUUUGACACUGUGGUGCUACUGAAUCUGAUCCUGUUCAAGGCGGCUGAUUCAUCCAGAGAUAUCUAUGAGGUGGCCAUGCAGCUGCUGCAGAUCUUGGAGCCCAAGCUCUUCCGUUACGCUCAUAAACUGGAGAUCCAGAGAACAGAUGGGAUCCUGAGCCCUCCCUCCCCGCUGCCACACCUCUACUCCGUCUCCUACUACCAGCUGUCUGAGGAGCUGGCCAGGACAUACCCAGAGCUCACCCUGCCCAUCUUCUCAGAGGUGAGCCAGCGUAUCCAGACAGCACACCCUGGUGGUCGCCAGGUGAUGCUGCACUACCUCCUGCCCUGGAUGAACAACGUGGAGCUGGUGGACUUAAAGCCAUCGCCACGGCGACAUGACGAGACCCCCAUCUGUGAGGAUGAGGAGGACGCCCACGAGCGUGAUAUGAUGGUCAACAGCCGCCGUUGGCUCCGAGGGGAGGGCUGGGGCUCCCCGCACGCCACCACCAUGGUGCUCAACAACCUCAUGUACAUGACUGCCAAGUACGGGGAUGAGUUUGCGUGGUCAGAGAUAGAGAACGUGUGGACCACCCUGGCAGACAGCUGGCCAAAGAACCUGAAGAUCAUCCUGCAUUUCCUCAUCAGCAUGUCAGGGGUCAACAGUGAGCCCAGCUUCCUGCCCUAUGUGAAGCGGGUGGUGGUGUACCUGGGCAGGGAUAAGACUAUGCAGCUGCUGGAGGAGCUGAUGUGUGAGCUGGACCUGACAGACCCAGUGAGCUCUGCUGUCACUCACAUGGACAACCCUCCCUACUACCGCAUCACCUCCAGCUACAAGAUCCCCUCCGUCACCUCAGCAGGAACCACCUCCAGCAGUAACACCAUGGUGCCAGGACCCGAAGCGCACCAUGACAGCAGCAAGAACAAAGACCCCAACAUGGACGACAGUUCCACCCAUCUGGACAUCUACAGUGGUCUGAACAGCAACCUGAACCGUCAGCACCACCGACUGGAGUCUCGCUACAGCAGCAGCUCUGGAGGAUCCUAUGAGGAGGAGAAGGGUGACUCCAUGCCGCUGUAUGCUAACUGGCGUCUGAAGGUGAUGGACCACAACCGUCCCGAGCCCCUCCCCUUUCCUCCGACAGGGGGCUGCUGGUCCCCUCUGGUGGACUACCUGCCAGAGACCAACACCCCUGGAGUACCCAUUCACAGGUGUAACAUAGCUGUCAUCCUACUGACUGACCUCAUAGUGGACCAUGGGGUCAAAGUGGAGUGGAGCGCCUACCUUCACCUCCUGCUGCACUCCAUCUUCAUAGGGUUUGACCACCAGCACCCUGAGGUCUACGAGCACUGCAAACGCCUCCUGCUUCACCUGCUGGUCGUUCAGGGAACUAACAGCAGCGUUCAAUCCCUGGCCUCUGUGCUGCUGCGCAACCGAGAGUACAACGACCCCAAGGUGCUGACGGUGAAGCCACCGCCCCACGGCUUCAACCUCACAGGAAUGUGCGACGUUGUGCCAGACUAUCAGCCGUCUCCUAUGACCGACUCAGGCCUGAGCUCCAGCUCCACUUCGUCCAGCAUCAGCUUGGGUACAGGAGGAACCCCCCUGCCUCACCUCACACCCACCCUAAUUAACGAGGUGGACGUCAUCGCCGAGCAGGAUGAGAAGGUCAAGGCCCUCAUUGAGUUUGUCACCUCCAGGAAGCGGGGGCCCCUGUGGAACCAUGAGGACGUGUCGCCCAAGAACCCCAACAUAAAGAGUGCUGACCAGCUGUGUGUGUUCCUCAGACAUGUAGUGACAGUCUUCAAACAGUCCCAGUCAGGUUUCCAGCUGGAGCAGUUGCUCAGUGAGGUAGCGUUGCAGACUGCUCUGUCGUGCUCGUCUCGUCACUAUGCUGGGCGCUCCUUCCAGAUCUUCAGGGCUCUCAAACAACCCCUCACAGCCGCCACGCUCUCUGAUGUCCUCUCACGUCUUGUAGAGACAGUGGGCGACCCUGGAGAGGAGGCGCAGGGCUUUGUUAUCGAGCUGCUGUUGACUCUGGAGUCGGGGAUUGACACUCUCGCUGACACCGUAAAGAAUUAUGACCUCCUCACUGCCUUGGCAAAGGCUUCUGCCCACGAGCACCUGCUGGGGGCUAAGUUUGCAGCCAAUAGGAAGAGCACGGGUCAGCUGAACCUGAGUAGCGGGGGUCUGUUCCACCACGGUCACUACCCCCACGGCCACGCCCGCAGCAACUCCCUCCGCGCCAGCCUCAUGGGCGAACGCAAGGGUGACCGUCGCCGCAGCAACACCCUAGAUAUCGCCGAUCGGCUGGGUGGCAGCCAUGGCAACCUAGCCCGAACGCAGAGCUUGUCAUCAUUGCGGGAGGGUGGAGGAGGGGGUCCUGGGGGGGAGGCCAUCCCUCCUGUGGACCCCACCAACCUGAUGGCCACGGUGUUCUGGAUAGCAGCCUCCCUCCUGGAGUCGGACUAUGAGUUUGAGUACCUGCUGGCCCUGCGGCUGCUCAACAAGCUACUGGGCCAGCUGCCCCUGGAGAACACAGACAGCAGGGAGAGGCUGGAAACAGUGCAGGCCAAGCUGAAAUGGUACAGCUUCCCUGGUCUGCUGCAGCUCUUCCUCAAGGGCUUCACCUCAGCCUCCACCCAGGAGCUCACCAUCCACCUGCUCAACAAGCUCAUCAGUGUCUCCCGCCACACACUGGUCGACCCCUCCCAGGUGGCAGGUAAGAGAGCAGGUUUUCCUCUAAACAUCCUGUGCCUGCUGCCUCACCUCAUCCAGCACUUUGACAGCCCCACUCCGUUCUGCAAGGAGACGGCUGAUAAGAUAGCCAAGGUGUGUGCCGAGGAGAAGUCAGCCACCCUGUCUAACCUGGCCCACAUGAUGAGCCUGUACAGCACACACAGCUACUCCAGAGACUGCACCAACUGGAUCAACGUGGUGUGUCGUUACCUACAUGACGCCUUUGCUGAGAUCACCUUCAAUCUGGUCACAUACCUGGCCGAGUUGCUGGAGAAGGGCCUACCCAGCAUGCAGCAGUCCCUGCUACAGAUCAUCUACAGCCUGCUGAGUCACAUUGACCUGUCUGCUGCGCCCGUUAAACAGUUCAACCUGGAGAUCAUGAAGAUCAUCAGCAAAUAUGUCCAGAGCCCGUACUGGAAAGAGGCCCAGAACAUCCUGAAGCUGGUGGUGUCUCGGUCGGCCAGCCUGGUGGUGCCAGACGAGGUGCAGCGCUCCUACAGCUCCGAGUCCUCUGGAUCCCCAGAGAUCGCCUUCACUCGCAUCUUCAUCAACUCCUCUAAAGAGCUACCCGGCAAGACGCUGGACUUCCACUUCGACAUCUCAGAGACGCCCAUCAUAGGGCAUAAGUAUGGGGACCAGCGCACAGCUGCAGGGCGGAAUGGGAAGCCGCAGGUCAUUGCUGUGACCCGGAGCACAUCCUCCACCUCUUCUGGAUCCAACUCCAAUGGCCUGGUGCCUGUCAGCUGGAAGAGGCCUCAACUCUCUCAGAGGAGAACCAGAGAGAAGCUCAUGAACGUUCUUUCUCUGUGUGGUCCCGAGUCUGGCAUUCCCAAGAAUCCUUCUGUAAGACACCUGGCAUGUCAAACUGUGGUGUUCUCGUCCAACGAGGACCUGGACUCAAGUGACCAGCAGACCAGUCUGAUCCCCACGGUGGAGGAGGUGGUGAGGGAGGAGGAUAUGCAGGGAGAAGAUGCAGGAAGUGAGCAGCAGUUUGGAGUCUUCAAGGACUUUGAUUUCCUGGAUGUGGAGCUGGAGGAUGCUGAGGAGUUCCAGGGGGAGAGCAUGGACAACUUCAACUGGGGUGUGCGUCGGCGCUCCCUGGACAGCAUGGACAAGGGGGAGGGAGACGGGGACACGCCGUCCCUGCAGGAGUGCCAGUACACCGGGAGCACGCCCAGCCUCAACCUCACCAACCAGGAGGACACGGACGAGUCGUCUGAGGAGGAGGUACUGAGCGCUAGCCAGAUUCUCACCCGCUCUGGCCUAAUGAACUGUGACUCUGCUAUGGAUGAUGCCACGUCCAAUCAUGUGGACUCUCUGCAGCAGUCCCAGGAGUCGUCCAGCAGUGCCCUGUCAGAGGAGACCACAGCCCUGCUGAACAGCCCUGCACUGGAGAUGGCCUGCUCUGACUCCAUCCAGCUGCCUGAGGAUGGGGUCAGCAUGACUGCGGCAGACGAGCUGAGCAGCAGUGUGAGCACAGACACAGGGUUUGGCAGCAGUGCCCCCGCACUGCCCCCGGACCCCCCUGAGCUGUUUGACCUCACAGACUCUCAGGACCCUCAUGACAACCUGGACACGGCCCCCCCUCGCCUGCCGACCAUAGACACCCCGCCGGGGUCCCUCUGUGAGGAGGGGGACUCCCCUACGACCCUGCCCCUGCUGCCCCCCAUCCCAGACAGCCCCUGUGGCUCUGUGUGUGAGGAGGAUGUGACGCUGGCGCUGAAGGAGCUGGAUGAACGCUGUGAGGAGGAGGAGGCCGACUUCUCUGAUAUGUCCAGGCAGUUUGAUAGAUCGCUAGAGGGAAUGGCAGUGCUCCAAAUGAUCCUCCCCCGGAAAACAAAAGGGCUCUGCUGCGCCUGCAUGAUUCAAGAUGAGGGCGAUCAGGAUGGUUUCCCAGAGAUCCAGGCCUCUCCUCCCCCUUCUCCCUUCCUCUCUGCCAUCCUGGCAGCAUUCCAGCCUGUUGCCUAUGAGGACGAGGAGGAUGCCUGGCGUGUCCAUGUCAACCAGAUGUUGUCGGACACGGAUGGGUCCUCUGCUGUGUACACCUUCCAUGUGUUCUCCCGACUAUUUAAGAGCAUGCAGAGGAAGUUUGGCGCCAUCACACACUCGUCAGUGCGUUUUCUGGGAGAGAGGCUGCAGCGAAUGGGGAACCAGUUCCUCAGCUCCCUAGAGGUCAUGACCUCACGCUCCCAGUGCCCCACGGUGCUGCUGGACGCUGAGACGUUGGUCUCAUGUGGACUGCUGGAGACUCUGAAGUUUAGUGUGCUGGAGUUGCAGGAACACCUGGACACCUACAAUGGCAAGAGGGAGGCGGCCGAGGAGUGGCUGGAGAACUGCAGGAAGACGUUUGGCGACAAAGAUGGCAACCAACGACCCAACACUCAGGCACAGCAAAUGGAAAAACUAGCAGAGCUGGAGCUGUGUCGCAGGCUCUAUAAGCUGCACUUCCAGCUGCUGCUGCUCUUCCAGGCCUACUGUAAGCUCAUCAGUCGUGUGGACACCAUCAAGAGAGAAGCAGAGGUGACCAACAUGUCAGAGGAGCUGGCAAUCCUGGAGAGCUGUUUGAAGCAGGCAGAGUCUGGGGUUGAUGGACAGGAGGAUGUGGGUGUGUCUGAUGCCUCCCAGACCAGCACUGAGACGGCCAUCCAAUCACUGAUCGAGACCCUGAGGGCCAGAGACUUCGGCUCCGCCCUCACACAGGUCAAAACCUUCAGGUCUCUGUGGCCUAACGACAUCUUUGGGAACGAGUCAGACGACGCAGUCCAGACUCUACUGCACAUCUAUUUCCGUCAGCAGACGCUGGGCCAGACGGGCUGCCUGGCUGUGGUGGGACCCAGCAGGGACCUGUCCCAGGCCAACGGGCGCCUCAUGGAGCUCAACCUGCAGAUCAGAGAGGCUCUGAGCCAGGCUCAGGCCUGCCAGGCCCCCCAGACCACUGGACUGUAAGGCUUCAGGCACAAAGCCUGGACUUGACUGGACUAGAGCAACCCCUCGUACCACUCACAGUUCCCAUCUGCUCUGGAGGCUGGGAAGGUGUGUCAGGGGAGGACAGAACAGACUCCACCUAUAAGGGCUAAAGGAUGUGUGGGAAUAACUGACUCAUAUUAAUAUAUAUUACAUAUAUCAAAUACUUCAAGCUAAUAUCUGUUUUCCCAGAAUAAGCCAACUUGCAAAAUUCAGCUGCAAUAAGUCGUGGUAUUAUGUGACGACUGGCCCGGGAAGGAGGAUGAUAAUGCUAAACUGGAAGCGUUUUGGCGGAAAUUACCUGAUGGGCCUCCCAUAUUGGCCAGUGGCAGCCUCAGGCCCUUUCAGGAGACUGGAUGGGGCCUGGGGUUCGGUCAGGGAGACGAUGUGGUGUUCUCAUAGCAGUAGAGUUGGAGCAUAAGAGACUUAGUCAGUCCGGAAGGAAACCGGAUGGGUGUGUGAGAGGACAGGCAAUCCCUGUCAGGAUUCAGAAACAAACACACAAAAAGUGUUCAAAUGCAUGCUUGAAAGAGAAAAGCACUGCAAGAAUAUUUUUUUGACAAAUGUACUAUUUUUUAUUAGAGCUAACAUCCUAGGUUGUAAAUGUAAGGAUAUUUAACAUGUAAUUGUAAUCCUAGGGGAGCUGUUCACCACAGGGACUGUAAAAAGAUACAUGUAUCUGUUUAUUGACCUGCAUUAAGUUUGACUUGCAUUGGAGACGAGCAUCAUCUUCAACAGGUCUUCUAAUGAAUCUCACUCUGUAACCAAAUAAGUAGCUGCCUGUAGAGACUUUAGGCUGUGUGAGAUAUAUAUUCUUGUACACACUCGCACGCACACAUGCAUAUAAUUGCACAGAAGUGGAGACUGGCUACAACUCAUUAUGGAAACAUUAACUUAUUUUACUCUGUAUAUAUUUUAGAAAAUGUAUAGUGAAAAAACAGUAUUUUUUUUUCUUGUACUUUUGUGAAAUGCACUGUUAAUCUGAAUUAGAUGUAUGAAGCUAAUGCGAGAAGAGAGAACCCAGAGCAGAUACUGAGUAACUAAUGACCCACGCCGCUAUUAUAAUCCUGUCACACAAACUUAAAGAAUCUCCCAGACUGGCCCGGUUCAUGUGCUUAGGGGUCAGAGGAACUGGUUAAAGGCGCUUGCUAGUGUAGAUUCUGCUUCCUGUUGGACCAGCCCAGUCAUAUGCAUUCCUUCUCUCCACUGUGAUGUCCAUGUUGGCCCUGUACCCCAGCACAGGUCACGCUAAAAAGCCUUAUGAGGGGAAAUUGAGGCCCGUGUUCGUCCAUAUUAGCAGAUCCCAGCGGUGCACAGCUGCACUGGUGGUGUGCCAUGGCCCUGUGCUCUGAGGGGAAACUGCUGUCAUUAAAGCUGUGCUUUUGCUUCUGAAAAGGCACUGCUUGCUGCCUGCCGAAUUGCAGGGCAUGAACUAGAUGUUUGAAAGUGUUGCAGGAAACUUGUCAUGGCACAUUGUAAACGAUCACUGUACUCAUUCCUCACAGAGAGAACUUGUCUAUUGCAUUUGAAUGGAUAUAUUAUUUACUUGGAAAAUAAUUGUAGAGGUGCAUUACUGGAUUACUUUUCUUUUUUUUUGUCAUCUCACAUACCAGCCUUCUCUCUGGAUAAAUAAAAACCUGAUAUGAA